UGCCCCCCACCCCCUCCACCCGUCUUUCCGAUCUGCCCAGCCGGACCGCCGCCGUUCUUCUUCUCCUCGCCGCCCCCGCCUCCGCCGCCUCCCGCGCGCCGCCGCCUGCUAGUCCCGGAGACACGCGGAAGGCGGCCUCCUCCCCCCUCCGCCGCUCCCCUCGCGCGCACGCCCCUGCGGGCGGGUUUGGAGCGGCGGCGGAAGCGGGGCUUCCGUCCCCCGCCUCCAACUUGAAUCGAGUUGAAGCGGUCGAAUUGCGAGCAAACUUUCUAUGUGGCGCGAUAAGUGAUUUUGUAAUCUUGUGGAUGAUUGAUGGAAGACGAUCAGAUUUUAGUUGAACCAGACCUGGCGGCGGAGCUAGAGCAGAGUCUUGUAGAUCCCACGCAUGAGUUAGAGCAGAAUCUUGUAGAGCAAGGCCUUGUCAUCGGGCAAGAGUUUGUCGAUGUCCACGCGUGCCGGAGGGCCGUCAAGGACAUGGCCAUUGCUAUGCAUUUCGAGCUCCGUGUCGUGAAAUCUGACCGGAGCCGGUUCAUCGCCAAGUGCGCGAGGGAAGGCUGCCCGUGGCGUGUGCAUGUGGCAAAGUGCCAUGGUGUCCCGACUUUCACUGUACGCACAUUGCACGGGGAGCACACGUGCGACGGUGUGCGUGACUUGCAUCAUCACCAGGCUACCGUUGGUUGGGUUGCUAGGUCCGUUGAGGCAACGCUAAGAGAUAACCCACAGUAUAAGCCAAAAGAGAUAUUGCAGGAUAUCCGAGAGCAGCAUGGAGUAGCAGUUUCUUAUAUGCAGGCAUGGCGUGGGAAGGAGAGAAGCAUGGCUGCUGUUCAUGGCACCCUUGAGGAUGGAUAUCGCUUUCUUCCUGCCUACUGUGAGCAGAUUGUACAGACAAAUCCUGGCAGUGUUGCAAUAUACAAAGGGACUGGACCAGAUAAUAGCUUCCAGCGGCUGUUCGUGUCGUUCCAUGCAUCUAUUCAUGGUUUCUUAAAUGCAUGUAGACCCCUUUUGGAAAUUGACAAGGCAGACCUCAAGGGAAAGUAUCUUGGGACAUUGCUAUGUGCGUCAGCUGUUGAUGCUGAAAACAUGAUGUUCCCGCUAGCAUUUGGUAUUGUUGACGCUGAAAGUGAUGAAAACUGGAUGUGGUUUUUUUCAGAACUGAGGAAGAUGCUUGGAGUUAACACGGAUAAGAUGCCUGUCUUGACGAUACUAUCUGAAAGGCAAUCACAAGUGGUUGAAGCUGUUGAAGUAAACUUCCCCACUGCUUUUCAUGGAUUUUGCUUGAGAUAUGUGAGUGAGAAUUUCCGUGACGAGUUCAAAAAUCCUAAACUUCUGAACAUUUUCUGGAGUGCUGUUUAUGCUCUAACAGCAGCAGAAUUUGAUUCAAAGGUAAAUGAUAUGGUCCAAGUUCAAGAUGUCAUGCCAUGGUUCCAACGUUUCCCACCAAAUCUCUGGGCAGUUUCUUACUUUGAGGGUAUCCGAUAUGGCCAUUUUAAUCUUGGGAUAACUGAGAUAUUAUAUAACUGGGCCAUGGAGUGUCAUGAGUUUCCUAUAGUGCAAACUGUGGAGCAUAUCAAACACCAACUGACCUGCUGGUUUGUUGAACGGCAAAACUUGGCGCUAUCAUACAACUCAAUUCUUGUUCCAUCAGCCGAGAAACUUAUUUCUGAAGCUAUCGCUGAUUCAGGAUGCUAUCAAGUCCUUCGAGCAAACAAGGUGGAGUUUGAAAUAGUCUCAUCUGAGCGAACAAACAUUGUGGAUACGCAAGCCAGGUGCUGCUCUUGUCGUCGGUGGCAAAUAUAUGGCAUUCCAUGUGCACAUGCUGUUGCUGCACUACUUUCCUGUGGUGAAGAUCCUCGCUUGUAUGCACAUGAAUGCUUCAGCAUAAUGAAGUAUCGGGAAACUUACUCCCAGCCAAUCUAUUCAAUUCCAGAUAGAAGCCAAUGGAACCUCCCGUUUUCUUUUGCACAAGGUGCAGGAAGCAAAGCAUAUGCGGUUCUUCGCCCGCCCAAGAUCCGGAGGCCUCCUGGUCGUCCCAAAAUGAAGAUUCUUAAGAUAGAAAGCUUGAAACGGCCAAAACGAAUCGUUCAAUGUGGCCGAUGUCAUCUUCUUGGACAUUCUCAAAAGAAGUGUUCGUUACGAAACUGACAUUAGAUUAUUGCUAUCAUAUUGUUUAUGUAUGAAUUAGUAUUGAGUAGUUGUUUUAUUGGCAACUAAUUCAGAUUAGAUAUUUACUGUUUUAUGCACACACAGAGGUUCUAGGAAUCCUUUUAGUUUCACAUCUUGUUUUUUCUGUUGGCCAAAAGCUGAAAUAUCAAAUAUGUGCCAGGAAAUAGUAGUUAAGCUUCUGACUGUUACCUGGGAUUAGUUGAUCACAAAAUGGGCUAGGGAGAACUGAUUGCAAACUAUGAAAAUAGACAGUAGAAAACUUUCA